AUGAUUAAUAUGUAUGAAGUAAACCAUAAUUUUCUGAAAAAGAUAUAAUAAGUACAUGCAGUAUUGUUUUAAUAAAUGUGAAUACAUAUGGUGGCUGUGAAAUAAAGUUCUGAAGGCAACUGCUUUUCUUGAGAAAUUCUGUUUGAAUCCGGUGCAGCUAGAGCAUAAAAACCAUGUCCGAUGAACACAGAAAACUCUACAUAAAAAAAGGCACUGGAACAGUGCCCAAAGUGAAACAGAGGAACAUCACAAACACAUCACAGAGACCUCCCAUUCAGAAUGAGAGAUGUUCCAAUGUUCUCUCCAACAAUUUGGGCAGAGACUGCAAUUUCAUCACGAGACAGUACAGGAACCCAAGUAGAAACCCUCAGUAUUUUGCACCGAUGGAUUCCGAGAGUUCAGUUAGACAAAAUGGAACUAUCACAUCAAAUGGUACCUCAACUCCAAACACAAGUGCAACAAAUUCAAGGAGGAAUUCAUGUGGGGCAGCACCAAAAUGUGAUAAUGUUGCAAAGUAUCCAGACAAAAAACAAAUUGAGGCGAAAUUGGGCCAGAUCCAGGAAUACUUGAGGAUCACCUCUUCACUAAUGAGCAAUAUGAAGAACACUGAUGAACAGUUACAAAACACAAUUUUUAUUCAGUCUAAUGAAGAAGAAAUGGACAAAAAUCAUUUAGAACAAAUGGUUAAAGACCUUCUUGAUAGUGAGGCCAAAUUAGUUGUGUUGUUGUCUGAGAUUGAUGAUGAGGACAAUAAUAAUAUAGAAAAGUUGCCAGAGAAUUGCGAUUUAGAACCAGCAGCUUCAGGUAUAAGUAAAAAGGAAUUGGAAAACAAAAUGGAGGAAGCAACAAGGGAGAUGAUGAUGCUCAAAGAACAGGAGAAUUUUCUCCUACAUUCACAACUCAAUGUGGAGAGUCAACUGAGGGAAGCACGCUUGGCCCAAGAAAAGCUGAUGAAAGGUUUCACCGUCGCAAGGAAUAUGAAUCAGGAGACGGAUGGUUUAACGUUAGCAUUAAACGGUUUAUCGACAGAUGGAUUCGAUGCGUUUUCAAAUUCGGGUGCGAGCUCUAAGAAUUAUAAUGAAAAUCAAACUGACAUGGAUCGUGAAUUGGAAGAGAGACUCAAAACAUUAAAUACUAAGAAUCAAGUGUCUUUGGCACCACCACCCGAUCAAUAUCAAAAUCACGUUGAUUCUCUGCAGGGUAGAAUUUUACAGAUGCGUGAUGGCAAUGACAAUCGAAAUCAAUUGAUACAGAUGCUCGACAAUCGCGACGCUCAAAUACAGGCAGAGCACAACGCACUUCAAGGCAAAUUGAUGGAAUUGCAAAAUAAGAAAAUGAAAGUCGACCAAUUGGUGCUUCAAUUGCAGAACAUGAAUGAAGAGUCCGAUGAAGACGAAAUGGGUAGCCGUGUCAAAAUGAUUGUGAACAUGAAGGAUCAGCUAUCGAAACUUAAGGAUAUGCUGGAUGUAGUUCAAAAUACAGAGAAUUCGUUGGAUACUCAAAAUAUUAACGAGUCUGAUAUCGAGGAUCAAGUUUGGCGCAUGUGUUCGAAAAGCGAUAAUUUGAUUCAGAACGAUGUCCGAUCUAAUUCAAGACAUGUUGAAAAUAAGUCUCAAGGGCAUUCUUCAAACGAGAGGCAUGUGAAGGAUAAGCAGGUUAAUAAGAAGUCGAUGAAUGCAAAUGAGAGAGAACACAUAUUUCAAGCACAAUCGCGCGAGAAACAGAAGAGGGAAUUAGAAGUUUUCAUGAGUAAAUCUGCAACUUCGAACUUGAAUCGCGAUGUAAACAGUGAAAGUAAAUCUGAUGUGGGGGCAAGCAGUAUCCCCUUGUAUGAAGGAUCUACGAAUUCUUGGCAUCCGGUUCCUUCAAAUGUCUAUCCCAUGCCCCAAGCAAAUGAUAGGUAUUCAAGUUUCAGUGAUGAUUGUCCUGAGGAUGAUAUGAAUGAAUAUGCUGACACGCCUGCUGCCAUUCAACCGAUGCCAUCUCUUAUAUAUCCCACUUCAAAUUACACUAAACGGAGGAGCGAAGAGCCCAGGAUUGAAGUUUCGCAGGAAUCUGGAUAUUUGCAUGCCACUUCAGAUCGAAGUAUCCGCAGUCCGUCUAUUGCAACUCCUGCGUAUCCAAGAAACCGUAGUCGAUCGAAUGCAAAUACAGAAGCGGCCAAUAAGAAGCAGAUGCAAAAACAAUUGGAAUUGAUUCGCAGCGUUUGUGAUUCUAUGUUGGAUCAACAAUCUAACGAAAGCCAACCCAAUAUACAAGUUCGUAACAAUCUUACUCCAUCGCCAGUAUAUUCAGAGCCUAGACAAUAUACAUCACCCAGUGCACAUAAUAUGAACGCACUCAACGUCGUCCAACCUGGAGAAGGUCACGCCUUUCCUGCAAUGCCACCGUUCUCGCCAUCGGAUCCAGGAAACUAUCAAAACUGGUUGGCCACUAAUAAUAUGCAGACACAAGCGUUUAUGCUAAACACUUUGAAUCAAUGUUGUCAAAUGCUUUGGCUUCAGCAACGAGAACUAUCUUCAUUACGCAACACGGUCAAUAUGAUGCAGGAACGUAACCAGAAUCUUCCAUUUGAUCCGAAUACUCAAUACCCUUACCUUUUCCCAACUGGAUCUGGAACAAACAAUCUGUACAACAGGUCGCCAAGUUUCCAACAUCCAAAAAUGAAUCCAAUUGGCGCUUCAAUGCCGAACCUCAACCAUGCUCAUUGUUCCCAAACUAACAUGGACCAUGCUUGCCAUGCAAACCAUUGUAAUGUACAGAACGCACGGAUUUUAGAUAGCGCUUUGAAUAACAGUAACAGCUCGGCUGUCCAUAAUCAUAAUCAGAAUACCGGAGCGGGUGGCGGUGGUGGAGGCGGAGAACAGCCUCACGGUAACAACGCGGUCUUGCAUCAUCCGCCGCCACCGCCCACCCAAAUCUGGAACGGCCAAGCCCUAAACAACCAAGUUGCACCUGGAAAUCGUGCCAACAAUUAUUGGGACAAUUUUAGAAGCUAUUCCCGUCAAAAUUUGUUAUCGACAAAGAAUACCGAAGGCUUGCAAAAUGCAUCCACCUUGUUCGGUGAUAGAUCGAAUACCAGUUUACAAGGACUCUCGUUGGCACUUUCUCAACCGACUCAAAAACAAAAUACGGAGAGCCAGGAAUCCGUCCCUGGUGGUUCGGUCUCUUUGGAAAAUACUCCUGGAAGGUUCAGGGCUAACGUCUCUCGACAGCGUAGUAAUUCAAGUGUUGGAGUAGCAAGCGCCGUCCCGCCGGAUGUUUUAAAUGUAAACCAGAAAACAAAUGAUUUUCCUCUAGAUUUCGGUAAUACUGGCUUCUCUACAUUGAGCAAUGUGUACGGCAAUACUUCCUUCGAAUCUCAUGAUACCUUUAAAGAUACCGUUCCGACCAAUCGGCGGAAUCGUAAUGAAUGGCACGACGAUGCUCGAUCACCAAAUGAUUCUCCAAAAUCGAAAUUGUUUGAAGAAUUGAGAGAAAACGUUUAUAAAGAAGUUGCUUCCCUCAUAUCUGCAAACCAAGGAAGGCCGCAUUUCUUGAUACAGCUAUUCAGAGAUCUGCAAUUGAUUAGUUCAGAUCCGCUGCGAAGACGCACGCUUCAGUCAAUCCAAUCGGUAAUUAGUAAUUCAAUCAACUCGCCUGGUUCAUCGACUGGAGCUACAAGGCAGGUUCAAAUUCCAACGAUUGAAACUGAAAACUUGGAGAACGACAAUCAAGCUGCCAGCGAAUUCUUCGACCUAGGAAAUUUUAUGUGGCCUAAAUCGCUUAUAAAUCAAGAAGCUGUUGAGACUAAUAGCCCAGAACAUUUAGCGGAAGUACUGUCAUUCCUGAAUAAUCAUAAUGAAGAUAUUUUCUCAGACAGUUUGGUACACGCUUUGAGGGAUACUUUAGUAGAAUCGACUUUUUCUGCAAUAUUUGUUAAUACAAACAGCAAAGAUGGUUUGAUCCAAAAACAUUUUGCCUCUUUAUUAACUGAAGCUUUGGAACAUUAUCGAGGAAAAAAGGUACAAGACGUGAGGUUAAACGUGCUGCAAACAGUUGAAGAUUUACUUCGCGGUGAAAUAUCUUUGAUUCGGUUGAUGCGUGAAAACAUAAGUGAAGGUGGAGACAGCAUGGAACAAUGCCUUCCCAUGAAUCCCUACGAUAUGCAAAUGCCGUUGAACGAAGAAGCAGGACCUCAAAUGCAAAAUGGAGAUUUGGCUGAAGCCGAUCAAAGCCGUAUUGAAAUUGAAGAGGAUGAAGGCGCUGUCGGUGGGGUUUUAAAUAUAGCUUUAGAACGCAGUACAAGCAGCAUUGCUGGACAAGUUUUAACGGAUGACAAUGAUACCCCGAAACUGGAUUUAGUGAUGAACACAGAGUCCGAUGUUGAGUUUGUCGAACAAGGUUUGGACCAAGUUCCAACACGGUUGACCACUCACAGCAAUUCCAGAUCUAAUACGCCUAGUAAAGAUAAAAAAAGCAUUGGAUUAGAUGGGCCCGAGCAUUUUUAAAUAUAAGAAAGAGAUAAAUUGGAGGAAGAGGUAAUUUCAUCAAAUAUUUAAAUGUAAACUGUAAUAAAAGAAAUAUAUAUAUAUAUGAAUAGAAA